CUCUUUUUUUCCAGAAAUAGUUUCUUCUCCCCUCCGACACGUGAAAAGUGGUAGAGUCCAGAGGGCGCGAGGCUCCAAACUGUUUUGGUUGUCAGCAGCAGAGGGAAGACAUAGAAAUUGUUCAGGAUGAUGGAGAAGAUGAGUGAGGAGAACAUUGAGGAUGUUAGAGUGCUGGAGGCUCAGAUUGAACAUCUUCAGGCAGAAGUUGCAGCAUUGCAGCGCCAACAGCAGGACAACCACAAGGACAUAACGUUCCACUUAAAAGGACACAUGCAGGAUGCCAUGUCCUAUGUGUGUGGACAGAAACAAGCAGGAGAGAAGGAGAAGGUACUGGCCAUGCUCACGGAUGAAGUGAUGGAGCUGGAGGAGGAUCUGAAGCGCCAGACACAGAUAAAUGGCAUCAGUCUGAACAGCUGCACGACAAAGACUCUACAAAGCAGUGGCAGACAGCUGGUCCAGCAACUCUGUGUAUCAGGUCACUGCUCUGAACUGGUCUUCCAGGUGGAGUUCCAGCUCUCUGAGGUCAAGAAGGGUCAGAGUUCUGAGAGGACGAUCAGUGAUCUAAACGUGGUGAUGGACACCAGCGACCUACAGAACUUCAGCAGUUUCCUUUCUGGGGUGGAGGAGAGCAGGGAUCUUUUGCUGUUCUUCAGGACUCUCAGGACUUUCUCAGACAGGUGUGACGACCGGCGAAGAACCUUCCAACACUUCCAGGAGAAGUAUCCGUCUGUCGUCUCUCUUCCUGGAGGCGUCAGGUCAGCGGUCAUGACUCUGAAUCACCCCGAGCUUUCUGGCUGUGUCUUGUUCGUUUAUUGGUCCGUCGAGGUCUCCAGAGAGGGCGGAGUCACUCCAAAGAUCGAGCUGCUGACCAAGAUCCCCGAGAAAGCGCUGCAGUUGUUUCCCUCCCAGGCGGUCGGUGGCGCUGCUGAGGCCUUUCAGAGCCUGCUGAGAAUUCUGGGACCUGAAGCCGCUGUGGAGUCAGUCAUCAUGGCGGUCAGCUUGUCAUAGGACACAUGACUCACAUUUUCAUCUCUGCACAACAACCAGAUAAGAUGUAAAACAUGACCAAAGCAUUUCUCAGCUGUUGGGUCCAGUAUAUUAAUACAUGAACAUGUACACACAAGGAAACUCAGCGACGGAUUAGUCUCUUAGAAAUCUUUAUUCAAUAGAAAGAGCACGACCGUGACAGUUUUAACAGCAGUGCUCAUUGGUCAAAAUCUACAAAAAUAAAUAAUUUAAAUACAAAAUGCCAAA